UCCCUCCUUCCCUCCAUGGCGGCCUCCUCGGACGUGGCCUCGGCCUCCAGCGCGGCUCUCUUCCGCCUCCGCCACCUCCGCCUGGGGCUGGACCUGCGGCCCGAGGCCCGCGCCCUGGCCGGCUGCCUGGUGCUCGAGCUCUCCGCCCUCCGCCCCGACCGGCGCGCCCUCGUCCUCGACGCCCACCCGGCCCUCCGCGUCGCCUCCGUCGCCUUCCGAGCCUGCCCGCCCGCCGGAGAGCCCCACGGCCGCUGCGCCUUCGUCUUCCCCUCCGACGCCCCCCGGCCCGGCCCGUGCCCCCCUCCGCCCCUGCCCGCCUUCCCGGAUUCGGCCGCCUCGUGCCCGCUGGUCUUCAGGGUGGACCCUUUUACGGACUACGGCUCGUCCCUCACCGUCUUCUUGCCCUCGUCCCUGGAACCCCACCGGCCGUUCCAGGUCGUCGUCCGCUACACCACUGCCGACGCGCCGGCCAUCUGGUGGCUGGAUCCUGAGCUGACGUACGGCAUCUCCAAGCCAUUUGUCUUCACCCAGGGCCACUCGGUGUGCAACCGGUCUUUCUUCCCCUGCUUCGACACACCUGCUGUAAAAUGUUCCUAUUCUGCUGUUGUCAAGGCUCCUGCAGGUAUGCAAGUGUUGAUGAGUGCCACGCAAAGCAGCUACAAGGAAGAAGAGGGGGUAUACGAGUUCUACAUGGAAUACCCAGUCCCUGCCUAUCUGGUGGCUCUGGUCGCAGGGGACCUGGUACCUGCAGACAUUGGUCCCAGGAGCAGAGUGUGGGCGGAGCCGUGCCUGCUGGAAACGGCCAUCAGCAAACUCUCGGGCAGGGUCGAGCACUGGCUGAGUGCCGCCGAGAGCCUCUACGGCCCUUACAUAUGGGGACGGUACGACAUCGUUUUCCUCCCUCCCUCUUUCCCCAUCGUCGCCAUGGAGAACCCGUGCCUGACCUUCAUCAUCUCAUCCAUCCUGGAGAGCGAUGAGUUCCUCAUCAUCGACGUCAUCCACGAGGUGGCCCACAGCUGGUUUGGCAACGCGGUCACCAACGCCACGUGGGAAGAGAUGUGGCUGAGCGAAGGGCUGGCCACUUACGCCCAGCGUCGGAUCACCACGGAGACCUACGGUGCUGCCUUCACGUGCCUGGAAACUGCCUUCCGCCUAGAUGCCCUCCACAGACAAAUGAAACUCCUCGGGGAGGACAACCCUGUGAGCAAGCUCCAGGUGAAGCUGGAACCAGGUGUGAAUCCCAGCAAUCUGAUGAACCUCUUUACAUACGAGAAAGGUUACUGCUUUGUUUAUUACCUGUCCCAGCUCUGCGGAGAUCCAGCACGUUUCGAUGCCUUCCUCCGAGCCUACAUCGAAAAGUACAAAUUCACCAGCGUCGUGGCUCAGGACCUCUUGGACUCCUUCCUGGCUUUCUUUCCAGAACUGAAAGAACAAUGCAUCGACAGCAAAACAGGACUCGAAUUCGAGCGCUGGCUCAACGCCACGGGCCCUCCCUUAGCUGAGCCGGACCUAUCUCAGGGAUCCAGUCUGACCAGCCCAGUGGAGAUGCUCUUCAACCUCUGGACGACGGAGCCUCUGGAUGUGGCCACUGCAUCCAACUGUGUUGACAUCACAAAAUGGCAGACGUUCCAAACGGUGCUUUUCCUGGACAGGCUGUUGGACGGCUCACCACUGCCUCACGAGGUGAUAUCGAAGCUCUCCGAAUGCUACUCCGCCCAGCUGGACAGCAUGAACACAGAGAUCCGGAUCCGCUGGCUGCAGAUUGUCGUCCGCAAUGACUACUACCCCGACCUUCACAAAGUACGGCUCUUCUUGGAAAACCAGAUGUCUCGGAUGUACACGAUCCCACUGUACGAAGACCUCUGCAGCGGCCCCCUGAAGCCCUUUGCCUUAGAAGUUUUCCAGCAGACCCAGAACCAGCUGCACCCCAACCUGCGGAAAACCAUCCAGCAGAUUUUCACACAGGGCUUGAACCCUCUCCUAGCCAUGGACACCACUGCCGCCGCGGCUGCCGCAGACGCCUCGCCCGCCGGGCCGGAGGACAGGGCCCCCGAAGCUGCCAACGGCGCCAUUUCUCUCAGGGACGUGAACGUGUCCGCUUAAGCUCACCGGCUCGGCACCGGGUUCAGAAGCCGGAAGGGCCGAGCGAAAAGAGGGGACGUUCUGGCAAAGCGCUACUGCCCGGCCCUCCGAGACGCGGUCGCUUUAGGGGGCUGGAUUCCUAACACGUGUGCCUUCAAGUGUCUAACGUAUCGGCACAGCCAUAUAUCAGGGAUGUACCUCCUAGCUGCAAAUGGAAGUGGGGUUGUGGGGGGGGGGGGACCGGUUUGGAAGAUGGAUCAUGAAUGUGAAUUCCGGGGUGACUCGCACGUUCUCCCCCCCCCACCCCUCUGCAAGUUGGAAACGUUCCUUCCAGCGGUCGGCGUGGGGUUGGAGGAUCGGGCGUUUGCGCUCUUCGGGAGAAACAGCAUCGCUGCUGUCAAGGAAGUUAACAAAAAGGAGACGGUGGAGGGAUUGCGGAGGUAGCGAGGCGGGGCGGUGGUCUCCGGAGAUCAAGACCGUUCGUGAAACUUGAAAGGAAGCGGUAGGGAAUUCCCUUUUUGAUCUGUCUGGUUCGGAAGGGUGAGGAUUUCGAACCCGCGGUGCGUCUCUUCGAAGACCGUUCCCAAGUCCGGCCACGGAGGCUUCUGGGAGGGCCUGCCGUUCUUCCGUGCUUUGGAUCCGCCUUGCCCGACUCUCGCAGGGAGAUUUUGACGACCAGGCCCUGUUUUCCCUGCAAGCGGGAUCAGGGUCCCAUUUUCCCCCUAAAGGUCUGAUGUAAAACCAAGUGUUUGGCCUUCACUAGUGCCUCGGUUGCAGCUCAGAAAUGGGCGAGGCAGCCUGCAUUUUCUCUCUCCCUCUCUUUUUCUUUUGCAAAUAAAUAAAUUGGAUUUAUCGGCAAAGGUGGGCACGAUCCACCGGCAGCUUUUCACUUGUG